UAAUGGGUUAAUGCUUUUGGAUUGGAGCGUAAGCAAACGCCGUUUUGAACAAAUGCCGAAGAUAAAUCGCACGUACUGCACUGUAUACGGCUGCCUUGUCAACAAUGUUAAGAAUCCGCAUCAUUCAUUCUUUUCGAUACCUCGUAAUGAAGCAGUACGCUUGCGCUGGCUCCAACUAAUGGGGCGCAUGGACAUAGUGGACAGCUACCAUUACCAUAGAGUGUGCGAAGAGCACUUCAAGCCGGAAUACAUCCUGCUCAAAUCCACCAGGAGAAUGCUCAAGAGGAAUGUUCUGCCGACCUUGAAGCUGCCUUAUACUGGUGCUGAUGACGAGCCGCCUGAAGAAGUACAAAUCAAGCAAGAACUAGAAAUCAAGCAAGAAAUAGAAGACUCUUUCUCAGAACACGAAGACGACAUACUGGAAGCUUUGGAAAAAAGAAAAAGACAGAACGAGGAUGAUCUUUUAGGUGAAGCGAGCAAGAAAAUUAAAGAAAAUAGACACACAGAUGAAGAUUCUUUAGAAACCGCGCGUGAACUGGAAUCAAAGAUGGCGGCGGUAGCGUGGGGUGCGCACACGCCGCGCGCGGCGCUACGCCGUCAGUCAGCCGUGGGCACGCUAGCGGAGGGACGUCUCGCCGUUACCAUGUCGGCACUCACGCAAACGCAAAACUCGAUCCUCCGCAUUAGCGACGAGAAAACUCUUCAGCUCAUAGAGUUGUAUGAGCAAAAUGAAUGUCUUUGGAACACUCAUGUUCCUGAAUACAAAAGCAGAGAGAGGAGGCAGAAGGCAACGGAGAAGAUUGCUAGAAAACUCGAUAUUAAGUACUUCGAACCACGCCAUGUUGUGAUCAAGUUUAAGAAUUUGAGGAACUCUUACUGUCAGGAGUUAAAGAAGAUUGCGUCGAGCGUUAGUCUGGGGUUGAGUCAGGAGGAACAGUAUAAACCGAAGGUGUUUUGGUUUUCGAAGAUGGACUCGUUUUUGAGGCCUCAUCUGCAGCCAGGAAGAGCAACGAAUGGGGCGUUUUCCGUGCAAGUGGAUGGUGAACGAGUGAAGAGUGAAGCGGGAGACAGCGAUUCGAACCAAAACAGCGAAGACUUCUGCGUCAAAGAAGACAGCGUCAACUCAUUCCCUAUAGUAGAACUAGAUAUAGAUGAUUCUAUCAACUCUGAAGACGAGCCACCAAUGAAACGUGCGAGAUAUUCUUCUUCUUCUUCUAGAAUGAUAUCGUCUUUUGGUCAGAAUAAUCUAGAGAAGACUAUAAAAGACUUGGAAGCGAAGAUCGAAGAGUUGACUGAAGCAAAUAAAGAAGAUUAUUAUGACUCGUUUGGGAAGUAUAUAGCUUCUUUGCUAAGAAGUAUGCCGAAGGAAAGAGCGAUGCUUUUACAACCAAAAGUGAUAAGUCUGAUAGUAUCAGGGUCUGGGGGCGGAGAAGGCUCUGUGAGUCAGUCUGAUAAUUAGUUUUUUUUUUUUAUAAUUCUUUUGUAAUUGCAUUCCAAUAAACAUAAUGUUU